CCUUCAACAGUUAUAGGCGUUUUUCUUUGCCUCGCAGUGGCAACAAAGAAGCCGGGAAAAGAAAUCACGGUUCCACGAAAGCAGUGUUUCUGGUUCCACAAUAAUUUCGUAGUAUCACGGACUAUCAAUUUGUUUAUGAUUGUAGAGUGGCGUAAUCGGAACGAGUGGCUGAUGCAGGAACCUUCUCUGAGCAUGGAUGUACAUUUAAGACGGGGAUCACCUCCUUUCUAAGACUUAAAAGAGACAACAAACCUGAAGUGCGUCAUCCUUGAUUCAAAAGCCCCUUAUAAACCUUCAUUUCUGUUACCUUGAGAUUUGGUAGUCAAAUUGCUUCUCUUUUCCUAUGGAUGACCAGAAAGCUUUCUCUUCAUCUAUGGAUGACCAGAAGGCUCUCUCGUCAUCUAUGGAUGAUCAACAAGCUACCUCUUUUUCCAUGGAUAACCAACAAAUUUCCUCUUCUCCUCUGGAUGGUCAACAAGAAGACAUUCCUCAACCAUAUGAUGAAUCGUGGUUUGACCUGGCCAAUUCAUGUGGAAAAGAAUUUGAACUUCCAAAUGUAUCUGAUCCAAUGAGUCUAGAUUGGAGCGUUAACAGCAACAACUUGCUAGUCUCACCAUUCCAACGACUUGAUAUUCCUUGUGUACUGGAUGAUGUUUUUCUAUUGGAGAUAGCAGGUCCAUCUUCUGCAGGAAAUCAGUUGAUUUCUUUACCCCUGAUUGAGAUGGUACCUUCAGUCACAAAUACCUCUUCAGCAAUUGAUCAACAAGUGGAUCUUGCAUUAUCAGCAAUGGAGAAGUUGGUGAUCCUGUUACAUCCUACAGACUUGGGUUUAGUGCAAAUGGAUACGAGCAUGAUGGUUCAGAACACCUUCAGAACUCCAAAGCGAUAGGUAAAGAAGGUUCUGUCUUUUGAGCCUCGCAUAAUGAAGAGGUUUUGUUCUCUCCGAUAUUUUUUUGGCAUGAGAGCUCCUUCCCUUGCUCUAUUAUGAAGUUGAGAGAAAUUUUCCUUGUGCUUUUGCGAGGGGUUUGUUGGGCCGAAGAAUUUUUUAAUCAUCUUGCUAGCCUUUGCAUGGAAAUUCAUAUGACCUCCAAAGGCAUUAUAGUUAAGAAACUCUUUCUGAUAAUCCUUGCAUAUGUAUUUUAACUCAUCGUUAAUCUGAGACAUGUGGAAAAAGUAGCUUCCUUCACCAUUAUAGAAUGAAGGCUGACAAACUUGCGACGAACUAGUGCCAAAAUUAUGCUCGUUACUGUUUGAACCACAAAAAUUUGACAGAGGAGCAUGAGUAGGGCUUGUUUUUUGGUUUUUCAUUAGAAUGGAGAGAUUUGAUCUGAUUCCUAUUCUAUGCUUGGAGUUUUGAAGGUGUUCUCUUUUUCGUUAUUUCUAGUACUGAUAGCUUUUUUUUUUUCUUUUCUUUUUUUUUUCCUUUUGUUUUUUUUUUGAAUGGCAUGGAAAUAGGUGUUUCUUUGACAAACCAAAAAUUAUAUGCUGUUGAUCCUUGUAAGUCACCAUCCUUCAGUCUAAUUGAUUCUUGGUGUUUGCAAAACAAUUUUACUCUAGUUCCUUCCUCUGGAUAUACUCCUUGGUUUGGCUCAGAUAUUUGUAUCCCUCCUAAAAUUCCCUCUCCUUCAAAUGCAUCACAGUCGGGUUCUGAUAUUUUUAUCAUAAAAGAUCAUACCAAUAUUUCUUGCUUUGGGUGCUCAUUGUCUCUUGAGGCAAAUGGCUCCUCUAGUAUGAGUUACCAGCUAAUUGGAUCUUCUAACUUUGCUGAUGCACCUUGCUUUUCGUCUAGUGGAUUUUGCAUUAUCAGCAAUGGAGAAGUUGGUGAUCCUGUUACAUCCUACAGACUUGGUUUAGUGCAAAUGGAUACGAGCAUGAUGGUUCAGAACACCUUUAGAACUCCAAGCAUAGAAUAGGAAUCAAAUCAAAUCAUUCCAUUCUGAUGAAAAACCAAGAAACAAACCCUACUCAUGCUUCUCUGUCAAAUUUUUGUGGUUCAGACAGUAACGAACACAAUUUUGGCACUAGUUCAUCGCAAGUUUGUCAGCCUUCAUCCUAUAAUGGUGAAGUAAGCUACUUUUCCCACAUGUCUUGGAUUAAUGAUGAGUUAAAAUACAUAUGCAAGGAUUGUCAGAAAGAGUUCCCUAACUAUAAUGCUUUUGGAGGUCAUAUGAGUUUCCAUGCAAAGGCUAGCAAGAUGAUUAAAAAAUUCUCCGGCCCAACAAACCCCUCGCAAAAGCAUAAGAAAAAUUUCUCUCAACUUCAUAAUAUAGCAAGGGAAGGAGCUCUCAUGCCAAAAAAAUAUCGGGAAGAACAAAACCUCUUCAUUAUGCGAGGCUCAAAAGACAGAACCUUCUUUACCUAUCGCUGAGCAGAAAUGGAAAUGAAGGUCAUGUGUGAGAAAAUGAGGAUUUUGAUAAAGAAUCAGAUUUCUACAAGUUUUUUGAAAUUGGAAUAAUUCAUCAGUGAACAAUCAAUAAUGGACCUUUGCUAACCUUAUUUUGAACAUGCUUUCUUUAAGUUUCAUUUUCGUUAGUCUUAAAUUUAGGAUGACAUGACUUUUGGUACUGUAGCUGCCUAGUGACGUUUUGUUGCUGUGUCCUUGUGAACAUCUCUUUUUCGUUAGUUCCAUUUGGUCUUGCUGUUCAUUAGGUUCAACUCAGUGCUAUUUUAACAAGCUUGAAGUUAAUAUCAAGUUACUUGGUUAUUAUGAAUGGUUAUCUUCUUAUUUACUAGUUGUUGCAAGUUAUUAGAUAAUAUGUGCCUCUGUAUCAUUGCUUCUUUAUUCUAGAAGUUCAUAUUUUUGUUUUUCC